GCCCAGCCCCGCCGCCCGCCAUGGCCGUGGAGGUUCGCCGCGCGACGCCGCCGCGCGGGGGCGCGCGCCCCGGGGAAGGGAGGGGGGCGCGGGUGCAGGCCGGCGACGCGCUGCCGCUGCCGAUCCGCCACACCAACCUCAUCUUCUCCGCGCUCUUCGCCGCCUCGCUCGCCUACCUGAUGCGCCGCUGGCGCGAGAAGAUCCGCUCCUCCACGCCGCUCCACGUCGUGGGGCUCACCGAGAUCUUCGCCAUCUGCGGCCUCGUCGCCUCGCUCAUCUACCUCCUCAGCUUCUUCGGCAUCGCCUUCGUCCAGUCCGUCGUCUCCAACAGCGACGACGAGGACGAGGACUUCCUCAUCGCCUCCGCCCAGCCCAAGCCCGCCCCCGCCCCCGCGGUUCCCGCGCAGUGUGCGCUGCUGCAGAGCGCCGGCCCCGCGCCCGAGGUAAUGCCGGAGGAGGACGAGGAGAUCGUUUCCCAGGUCGUUGCCGGGAAGAUCCCCUCGUACGUUCUGGAGACGAAGUUGGGCGACUGCCGCCGGGCCGCCGGGAUCCGCCGCGAGUCGCUGCGCCGGAUCACGGGGAGGGAGAUCAACGGCCUCCCGCUCGACGGCUUCGACUACGCGUCCAUUCUCGGCCAGUGCUGCGAGAUGCCCGUCGGGUACGUGCAGCUGCCCGUGGGCGUCGUCGGGCCGCUCCUCCUCGACGGCCGCCGGCUCUACGUCCCGAUGGCCACCACCGAGGGCUGCCUCGUCGCCAGCACCAACCGUGGAUGCAAGGCCAUUGCCGAGUCUGGCGGUGCCUCCAGCGUCGUGUUCCGUGACGGGAUGAGCCGCGCCCCCGUCGCCAGGUUCCCAACCGCCCGCCGCGCCGCCGAGCUCAUGAGGUUCUUGGAGAACCCGGACAAUUUCGACACUCUGUCUGUGGUCUUUAGCAGAUCAACGAGGUUUGGAAGGCUGCAGGGGGUCAAAUGCGCGUUGGCAGGGAGGAACCUGUACAUGAGGUUCACCUGCAGCACUGGUGAUGCCAUGGGGAUGAACAUGAUCUCCAAGGGCGUGCAACAUGUGCUGGACUAUCUAGAGGAGGAUUUCCCUGAUAUGGAUGUCGUCAGCAUCUCAGGCAAUUUUUGUUCUGACAAGAAAUCAGCUGCUGUAAAUUGGAUUGAGGGGCGUGGUAAGUCUGUGGUUUGCGAGGCAAUAAUCAGAGAGGACGUUGUGGAGAAGGUUCUCAAGACCAACGUUCAGUCACUCGUCGAGUUGAAUGUGAUCAAGAACCUUGCUGGUUCAGCUGUUGCUGGAGCUCUUGGGGGUUUCAAUGCCCACGCAAGCAACAUUGUAUCAGCUAUCUUCAUUGCCACUGGUCAGGAUCCUGCACAAAAUGUUGAGAGCUCACAGUGUAUCACGAUGUUGGAAGCUGUAAAUGGUGGCAGAGACCUUCACAUCUCCGUUACUAUGCCAUCCAUUGAGGUGGGCACAGUUGGUGGAGGCACGCAGCUGGCCUCACAGUCGGCCUGCUUGGACCUACUGGGCGUCAAAGGCGCCAACAGGGAAUCCCCGGGAUCGAAUGCUAGGCUGCUCGCCACGGUGGUGGCUGGUGCGGUCCUGGCUGGCGAGCUGUCCCUCAUCUCUGCUCAGGCAGCCGGCCAUCUGGUCCAGAGCCACAUGAAAUACAACAGAUCCAGGAAGGAUAUGUCCAAUUCCGCCGCUUGCUGAAGCGCAUGCAUCACAACUUGGGCCCUUGCCAGAAGCAAAUGGACAAAACGAAAUGUUCGCCGGAUAUAUAAAUCCCCCCUUCACCUUCGUGGGAGUGGACAGCCAAGGAAGGAAAGUUGAUUCCUUGCGUGGAAUGGCAUGGCAAUGCUCAGGAGGUGAAAAGGGAAACCCCGUCGGAUGAACAGUUUGUCUGGAGAUCGGUCAUGGUUUACCAGGAGGAGAAGAGAGCAGCUGUAUUUACCACCCUGUGCUUCCACUCUGGAUGUGGCCUAUUUUUAUUUUCUUGAUGUUGUCCCGCACAGCAGCCGCCCAGUGCGCGUCUUGUUUUGCCCGUCUUGAAUCUUCUGACACCUUCGUUGUUUUCGUCCAAAGCUUACAUUACCCUGUUUCUGUUCCUUUCUGUUACUGCCUCCAGGAAUGCUUGUAGUAGUAACAUUGUAACUAAUUCAGUUUCGUCUGUUUGAUCUUUCUACCCUACCUGUUGCCCUUGGUGUAGUUGGUGGCUCGCUUGUAAAGAAGUUGUGGUCCGUGAUAAUUUUACCCGUGUGUUUUUUGGUUCAA